AGCCCCGAAGCCAUCGAACUUGCGCCCGUCACCAGAACGCGCCGUCCAGAACGGCCUCCAGAACGCGCCACUCUGCCAUGGCUGCGUCACCAGACAGCUUCUUGCAAAGCUUUGAGGCCCAAACCACCCAGCAGUGGGAUGCCAAGCGUGCGCUGCACGCGGAGAUCCUCCGCCGCCUCAGCGAGCGAGACUUGCCAGGCGUGAUGAACUUACAUUCGCCCGGUGAGGAAGAGAACUUGAAGAUCUUGGAUUUGAGACCCGCGCCUUGCUCGACGGACAGUGCCGACCUCAUCCGCCGUGACGGAGAGGCAGCGGUGGCUUGCGCUGCUGAAUGUGAGUUCUUUGGCCUUUCGGCCUUGGAGACGGUGGGCUCAGUGGUCGAGUUGUGCAAUGAGGAGCUCUAUGCGAACUUGCGGACGCUCCUGACUGAGGAGUUCGGUACGGAAGCCAGUGUGGUGGAGAACACCAAGGCGGCGAUUGCCCAGGUGCAAGACAAAUCCAUCCGACAGGCGCUUCUGCAGUCCUUCUCUGAAGAGGCAGUGAAUGAGAUGUACACGUGCGACACGAGUGCCCAUGAGUACGACAAGAUGCAGAGCAACUUGCACCAGUUACACGUCCAAGGAACCAAGGAUGCAGCUACAAGGCUCUUACGACGCAGCAAGCUUCCGCCGUUGCACGACACGGUCCAUGCCAAGCUCUCCGUUGCAGAGGCCUUGCAGCGGAAGGCGGACCUCGCUGUCUCGAAGCAUGAUGCGGCGGAGGCGUUGUGCGCCCGGCUGGAGGAACACCAGGCUGACGUGCGUGGGAAGAAGCAGAGGUGCGCCAGCCUGCGUCGUGUCACUCUGCGGGAGGAAGCUGUCAAACGUCAAGAGCUGGAGGAGGCUGAGAAAGCGCACCAGAGGGCAUGGGAGGAAUACCAAAAGGCUUUCAUCCGGGAUGAGGCUGUGGUCAUCUUGGAGGAGGACCUGGUAACCGCAGACGAGGUGGCAACUGGAGCGCUGAGAGCUGCUAAGGUGGCUUACCAGGAGGCGACGCCCAAGUUCGAGCGCUGCGCAGCUGAGGCCGCCCGUUGCAGGGCGGCGUUGAGCGCCAUCAGCCAGGAGUCCCAUGCCAGAUUGCUUGUGGAGUCUAAGCCGACCGUGGAGGAAGCUUGGAAGAACACGGCCUUUGCCAGCGAGCUUGGCAAGUGUGUGUUGGCUGCGAAGCGCAGGGAGAUUGGCCACUUGUGCAAGGAGCAGCAGCAAAGCCAGGAGCGCGCUCAAAGGCAGAAGCAACCAAAGUCGAAGGCGCAGACUUUGGAGAAGGUGGAGCAGCUCGAAGGGCAGAUCCUCCGGACCCGAGAGGAGGUGGCCGAGCUCGAGCGUUUGGUGUCAGGUGCCGAGGAGCAGUUCGACUCCUUCAGAGUCCUGAACAGUGGGCUUGAUGAAGAAGCCAUUCGCAGAUUUGCUCAGGAGAAGGCCGCGGCCUGCUAUGGCGACUUUGAACUCUUCGUCGACGAGAGCGACGGCGCCGAAUUAGCGGACGCCGACCCAGCGGCUCCCAGCGGUUCCAGGGCGCUUCGGCAACACAUGCCAGACCCCAUGGAAAAGCUGCGCCUUGAAAUGGAGGAGAAGUUCAAGAUUGAGAAGCAGCAGAUGCUGGCAGAAUUUCAGAUCGAACGGCAGCACAUGCUGCAGCUCAUGCGCCAGGAGUUGAAGUCAGAACUGCAACGUGAUUCUGAUGCCUGUUCGACCCAAUCCUGGGACCAUGUGGAGAAAGGAGACUAAUUGCACAUCACCGUCACCGUCGCAAUGUCUUCCUCAGCCGCUACAAGAGCGACCGCAAAGCUGUAGCAGCUACUAGCUACAAGAGCUAUUAGCAACGAAAGAUUUUAUAUGAUUUUAUUUUUGUGACAGUUCUCCUUCAAUUGCAGAUGGAAGGUCAAGAACUGUUGCCGGCCAAAGUUUGUUUGACCACC